UUAAAAGUAAUGUAUUGAAUUUCUAUUGGGGGUGAAACAUGAUAUAUAAUAUUUCAUAAAUCGAUCUUUACAAGUUUUAAAAUACAAACCAUGGAUAGGCAAUACAAAACAUUGAAGAUACGGGAAUUGACUUGUCAGAUCAGGAACUUAUGAAGAUAUUUUUUUCAAUAUCCUUAUGAGAAGUAUAAAUCACUGGUUACAUUAUGGCUGUGCCUGGUAAAAAGGCAUCUCAGAAACUGUCAUCUUCACUAUCUCAAGGUGGUGCUGAAGAUUUUGACAUAUUCUGUGAAAUAUGUGAUCAAGAUGACAUCAGACUACCUGCCUUUGGUUACUGUGUCGAUUGUGAGGAACAUUUAUGUCAAACUUGCUUUAAUACUCACAGACGACCAAGACCACUACGCCAUCACCAACUUCUAGAUAAAGAUCACAUGCCACAUAAACAAAACCUCAGUAAGUCAAUUAAAUCUACUUCAGGUAAAAAAAAUGGUGAUUUAUCCAAGCCUUGUACCAAACAUACCAAAGAAGUGAUCAAGUUCUACUGUCAUGACCAUAAUACACUUAUAUGUAGUGUUUGUGUGACCCUUGAACAUACACGAACAUCCUGCCAUGUGGACUACAUACCUGAUAUAUCAGGAAAGACUUUAAACAGCAUGGAAUUCAAAGAAACUCUAAAAGAUAUUGACAAACUGACAGACAAAUGCUGCCAGAUUAAAAAAGAUCUGAAACAAAGAAUUGCUAAAUCAACGAUUUCUCUGAAAGACGCUAUAGUAGAAAUGGACAACUUUAGAAAAGAGAUAAACAAACGAUUAGAUGAACUAGAAAAAGAAGUAAAGGAUAUUGCAACAACAAUUCAACAUGACAACAACAACAAAUUGGAAACACUAGAAACAACAUGUGAUGACAUCAACAAAUCACUCCAAGCAUCAGCUGAUACUCUAAAACAUCUCAACACCAACAAGAAAACUGACCAAUUAUUUACUGAAAUGAAAAUAGCUCAGCAACUGAUAUUACACAAUGAAAAUAUAACAAAACAACUACCAACAACUAAUGAUGUUGAUGAAUACAAUUUUGAAUCAAAUCAUGCAAUCAAAAAACUCCUUCAGAAUGAGAAAUCAUUGGGGACAUUGAGAAAAAAGGAGCUGAGGCAACCAGCUGAACCAAUAAAUAAGGCUCCAGUACCAAUGAAAAUAUCUACCCCUAGAAACAUCAAUGUUAAAAUAUCCUCAGAUGAAGAUGAUUGCUGGAUUACUGGUAUUUCUGUCUCUCCUCAGAACCAAUUAUUUGUAGCAGAUUACAAUAUAAAAUCAAUUAAAAUGAUAGACAUAAAAAGUGGAGCAAUCAAACAACUACAGCUUCAAUCGAACCCCUGGGAUAUCACCAUAGUGACCAGAGAUACACUUGCUCUUACAUUACCACACAUUAACACAAUACAGUUCAUUUCCAUCUCCUCAAACUCUCUCUCAUUGAAAAACAAACUGAAAGUAGAUGGAGAUUGCCGUGGAAUAAGCCAUCAUCAGGGGAAACUUGCAGUUACCUUUUUAGAUCCUGCUAAACUCCAAAUCAUGGACUUGAAAGGUAAUAUUAAAAUUACAGUUGAGAAAGACUCCAAUGGUGACAGUAUUUUCAGUCUGCCUAAUUAUGUCACAACAAACAGCCAUUCAAUCUAUGUAUCUGAUGAAGUCAAAAAUGCAGUUAUAUGGUUUAACUGGCAGGGAGAGAUGAUAGGAAGGAAUGUAGACAUUGGAUGUUCAAGGGGUAUUUCACUGUUAGAUGACGGGUCCUUCUUUGUGAGUGAUUACAUGAAUAAAUGUAUAUAUAGAGUAAGUGGUGAUUGUAAAGACAGGACAACUAUACUGGAGAAUUUCGAGGAUCCUCGAGCUGUAUGUUGGUGUGCUGAAACCAGUACACUUUAUUUAAGUACAAACAGCAACACAGAGAGUGACAAUAUUAUCAAAAUAUAUAAAAUGAUGUAGAACCAAGAAAUGGUUAUCAAUGUGGACAUAACAAAACAUAAACAGUUGUAAUUAUAUGUUAAAUGAUAUGUAUAUAUGCACACAAGUAAAAUAUAUGUAUAUACAAUGUAUACACGCAAUUAUUUUUUUUAUCUUUUUUAAAUUAUACCAGGGUUGGUGAGACGGGCUUUUUUCCUCUGAUGAUUUAUGAUACUGUUUUCUUUUGUUUUGUCUUGUCAGAUUAUAAAUUUCUCUUACAUUUUUCAAAAGAAAAGAAAAUAUUUAAAAUAAUUAAGAGAUAUUUGUAGUUUAAAAUAUACUUUUAAAGGUUUUAAAGUAAAAUGAGUGAAAUUUAGGUAGUAUUAUAACUUAAAAUGAAUUUAUUUCUGACACAAGAUGUGAAAUCAAAAUGAGGUUUUUUUGCACAUAUUUUCAGAAUUAUUAUUGAAGAUAAAGCAAUGAUAUAGAACUAAUUUGACCGGAUUUCUGAACCAACCCUCUUUUUUAUUUAUUGCUUGUUUUAAUUAACUAACAUUUUCUUUUUCAUAUAUGCUUAAUGCCUUUUGUUUGGUUUUGUUCGUUAUGUAAAAAUGGUCCUUUUUUACAACUUCUACAUUUUAAUAAUGAUAAAAUAACUUAUAAAUAUAACUAUUCUUUAGUCAUUGCAAACAUGUACUUUCUAUUUGUUUCACAUAACUGUUAGACAGAUUUAACUUAAAUAGUCAUUACAUUUAAACAAGAUGGAAAACUUUUUUGUCAGACAAUUUGGAGGUCAUUUUCGUAAAACUUUUCAUCUCUUCUUGUGGGGUCAGUGCUUUUUUCAUAGUAAGGGAAAGGGGAGUUAAAUGCUUUUUUGUAUUUAAUUUCAAUGAUAUUUGAUGCACAACUUCAACCAGGAAUUUCUAGUUUCAGAUUGGGCUAUGAUUAAGCUUGAUUUAUUGUUCUAAAACAGUCACAUUCAGUUAUGAAUGUAAAUUAAUGUGUGAAUAAACAAGCAAAUACAUUAACUGGUUUUUAAGAUCAAUCUUACAUGCAAAACUCUAACUUACCAAAGUGUUUUCGUUCAGUAAAAUCAUUUUAGAAAGGUCAUAUUGUCAAAAUGAUUUAACUCUUUAAAUGCAAGCUGCAAUAAUACAUUACCUUAGCAAACAGUUACAAUCUGUCCAUGCAGUCUACUGUAAAUUUACUUGAUUUUGUGGGCAUGAAAUUUCGUGGUUUUAUGUCAUUAAGAAGAUUUUUUUGUAUAUAAUUUUCCAAAAGGUAAAAUGUAAAUAAUGCCAUGCAAAAUAAUCUUACAGCAGACGAAAUUUAUUUUGUUGGAUCUUAAAUUUGUCGACUACCCUAUUCACGGAAGACACAAAAAAUUAGUGCUCCUUGAAUAAUAUAUUACAGUUUUCUGUAUCAAAGCAUUUUUCAUACUGAAACUCCUUAAGAUAACAAUGGAC